AUUCCACCGUCUCCGAAGUCUGCUGAUCGCCUUCCAUUAAGGGCGCGGCACUUGACACUUACAAAUAUAUCAUCCUUAGUGCUGGUAGCUAUGACCAGCUGCGGAGCCAAACUUGUUUUUCAAAGCGGGUCAUAAUGUCAGACUACCACCCACCAACCGAGCUUGAAGAAGUUGUUAACUCGGAAGUCAAAGAAUGGCACUUCCAUAUCUACUUCCAUCAGCGCAAUGCUGAUCAGCACCAGGCUGCAUUGGACUUGCGUGAUGCCGUCCUGCGUCUAAGGCGUGAUGGAGCGUUCGUCGCUGUGCCAUUAUUUCGUGUGAACACCGACCCUAUCGGCCCUCAUCCAGUUGGCUCAUACGAGAUCUGGGUCCCCUCGACCUCGUUUUCCUCUGUAUUUUCGUACCUUUGUAUGAACAGGGGUGAUCUAAGCAUACUCGUGCACCCUCUGACCCGUGAAGCGAGAAAAGACCAUGAACUCCGGAAUGCGUGGAUUGGCCCUUCAUUCCCUCUUGAUCUGUCUACUCUCCCGGUGAAAACUGAAAAGUUACCGAUACAAUACCCGAGUCUGAAGCUCGGCUACUCUGCACCAGAACCCGAGUUUACCCUUGAUCAACGCCGCCACAUCGGUGCCAACCUCGAGCGCAUCCUGAAGGGCGAGAAGGAAGCUGCCAAGGCUCCCAUGAAUUAACAAUUUGGGCCAUCUACACGAUUGGAGUCGUUAGUUCUACACAUGAUCUGUGGAUAUAUUCUAUGCAUAUUUAGUUAUGAUGUUUGCAUAUUCUGGUGUAACGGUACGCAGAAGAAUGAACAUAAGUUGGAUUCGGUGACUAUUUUGCAUGACUCAUGGCAAUGUUACCGGCGCCGCCGUUCCAUGUUCAAUAAUUUU